ACGACGAGUGAAAGAAGACGACGAUCGUCGUAGAAAACGGGCGGCGCGGAACAGAGCAGCGUUGAAACUCUUGUCUGUGGGAAUGGGCGGCGUCGCGGAUUUUCGCCUCACGGGGGCGGCCAUCUUUUUCAUUCUGAUCUUGUCCAAGUACCACAUGGUGUUUGGUUCUGACUGUGCUGAAGUGGGGGGCGAAUUGGCAUGCGACGAUAUGUGCGAAGCCCAUGCUGCUCCUCGCUUCGGUUAUGAGGUGGAUUUCCUUGGUACUCGGUUGGACCUGGACUGCGUCUCUCAUUUUCAUCUCAAAAAAGUUUUCAUUCUGGGGCCUACCUUUUGCAGAGGUUCUGUGGAAGGCAUGGAUAGGAUAGUUCAGCCCUGGAAAAACUGCUUUUUCUCCUUCAGGAAAAACGAGAUAGAAACCAAUCAUCAAACCACGAAGCAGAUUAAAGAAGUGGUUAAGUCCUCUUCAGUGAUUCCCAAAGAGCCAGGUUUUCUGGAGGAACAUUGUCAGUUGUUGGAGAAGCUUUUCGAGGAGAGGCUAAUUUUGACGGAGAAAUCCCGUACGGUUUCUUCUACUUCUCCCAGCAGUUCUGCUGACCCAGGUGGUUCCAAGGGGUCUGGUUUUUCUGCUAGUGCUUGGGUUCCGGUAGUAGAGGGCAAGGUUGUAGACCUGUCCAAACCAAAGAAAGAGACUGCUACCGAUCUUGGGGAAACUAACCUGAGCACCAUUAUUAAUACUUUGGCCAACGCUACCAGAUUGAACAUUACCACUAUUGAUAAAGACGGGAAUAUAGUUCACGCUGAGUUCCCGGUGGCAGUGGUUAAAAUAAUUGCCUAUGUCUCUGGUGGCGUAGGCACUCUUGUGGCAUCGGUUUUGGGUUUGAUUUGCUGUCGCCGUUACAAGCUAAAG